AUGUCCAUCAGACAGUCUGGGGAUGGAGGAGGACCUAAGAAGCACAAUGAAAGCAGCUCAAGGAAACAAGUAAAGAAUCAUAAAAGCCAGCGGCAGAACAGGAAGAAGCCCUUCACCUACAAAAAACCUGCUCUGAAUGGCCAUUCUCGUGUGUUUGGUGCUGAAGCAAAUGAAAUGCUUUCAGUGUCAGUGAUGGAGGGAGAUUCUGUCACUCUAAACACUGAUCUUACUGAAUUUAAUGACGGCAGGAUAGUGUUGAAAUUUGGAGCUGAAAAGUCUCUCAUAGCAAUGAUGAAAAGGAACAAACAAAACUCUACAUUUGAUGUUCUUGACGGGAGAUUCAGAGACAGACUGAAGCUGGACAGACAGACUGGAUCUCUGACCAUCACAAACAUCAGAACUCAACACGCUGGACUCUAUGAAGUAGACAUAAGUGGAGCUAAAAAGUCAUCAAAAACAUUCAAUGUUUCUGUCUAUGCUCAGGUGUCUGUUCCUGUCAUUAGCAGUAACUCUUCACAAUGUUCUUCAUCAUCAUCUUCAUCACAGCAGAAUUGUUCAUUGUUGUGUUCAGUGGUGAAUGUGGGUCAUGUGACUCUCUCCUGGUACAAAGGAAACAGUUUAUUGUCCAGCAUCAGUGUGUCUGAUCUCAGCAUCAGUCUCUCUCUACCUCUGGAGGUGGAAUAUCAGGAGAAAAACAGCUACAGCUGUGUGAUCAACAAUCACAUCAGAAACCAGACCACACAUCUGGACAUCACUCAACUCUGUCACACAUGUUCAGAUCAGAGCCUACCCAUGCUGUACAUAGUGCUGAUCUCUGCUGUUGUUGGAUCUCUGUUGAUUGUCGCUGCUGUCUUGAUCUUCUGCAUCUGCAGGAAAUGUAGAAAAUCUGAUCAAGAAGGCAAGGUUCAGAGUUUUGAAGAAGAGAUCACUUACGUUGAUCCAACAUUCCACAAGCGAAAACCCCAAUCGUCUCUCAUCAGAUUUUUAUGA